GCGAAUGUGUGAGGGGAGGGAGGCGUCCGGGCCGAGCGUGGUACUAAGACGAGCGCGGCCGGAGGGGGCGGGGGGAUGCGCCGCGUUGGCGGCGCGGGCGCUGGGGCUGGUGUUUGGCCGCGCCGGAGCAGCGGAUCCUGGUCUCGCCGCGGCAGCAGCGCGGGUGUCGCGCACGACCCGAAGACGCCGUACCUUUCUGUCCCCCACCUUUUUUUUUUUUUUUUUAAAUAACCGGAACCAAUGAGCGCAGCCGGGACUCGAGCUCCGGAGGCCGCCGGUGCCGAGGGGACCAGGCUGGCGCCCAGCGGGACCUCGCGUCUGAGGCGGCGGGGGCGGCCUGGGGAGUCGCCGGCGCCGGUCGGGGCGCCGCCGCGGUCUCCUCGCGCCGCGGCUCCCGGUUUGGCCUCGUGCUGGCUGCCGCCGUGGUGCUGGGCUGCGCUGCUCGUGUUCGGGCUCCUGGUGGCCGGAGCGGCAGACGGAUGCGACCUGGUGCCGCGGCAUCUCCGCGGGCGGCGGGCGGCGGGCUCGGCCGGGGCGGCCGCCUCCUCUCCCGCGGCGGCGGCGGCGGGCGACAGCGCGGCGCUCCUGACAGAUCCCUGCACAUCGCUGAGCCCAUCGUGCUUUACAGAUGAAGAUAAGUUUAGUCUGGAAGCUCUUCAGACAAUACAUAAACAAAUGGAUGAUGACAAAGAUGGUGGAAUUGAAGUAGACGAAAGUGAUGAAUUUAUCAGAGAAGAUAUGAAAUAUAAAGAUGCUACUAAUAAGCACAGCCAUCUGCACAGAGAAGACAAGCAUAUAACUGUUGAGGACUUGUGGAAGCAGUGGAAAACAUCAGAAGUUCAUAAUUGGACUAUUGAGGAUACCAUUCAGUGGUUGAUAGAAUUUGUUGAACUUCCUCAAUAUGAAAAGAAUUUUAGAAGCAGUAAUGUCAAAGGAACAACACUUCCCAGGAUAGCAGUGCAUGAUACUUCAUUUAUGAUUUCCCAGCUGAAAAUCAGUGACCGGAGUCACAGACAAAAACUUCAGCUGAAGGCACUGGAUGUGGUUCUGUUUGGACCUCCAACACGCCCACCUCAUAACUGGAUGAAGGAUUUUAUUCUCACUGUUUCUAUAGUAAUUGGUGUUGGAGGGUGCUGGUUUGCUUAUACACAGAAUAAGACAUCUAAAGAACAUGUUGGAAAAAUGAUGAAAGACUUGGAGAGUUUACAAACUGCAGAGCAAAGUCUAAUGGAGUUGCAGGAGAGGCUCGAAAAAGCACAAGAAGAAAACAGAAAUGUUGCUGUAGAAAAGCAAAAUCUAGAGCGAAAAAUGAUGGAUGAAAUCAGUUAUGCAAAGGAGGAAGCUUGCCGGCUGAGAGAGCUGAGAGAGGGGGCAGAGUGUGAAUUGAGUAGGCGACAAUAUGCAGAACAGGAGUUGGAGCAGGUUCGCAUGGCUCUAAAAAAGGCUGAAAAAGAAUUUGAACUGAGAAGCAGCUGGUCUGUUCCGGAUGCUCUUCAGAAGUGGCUUCAGUUAACACAUGAAGUAGAAGUACAGUACUACAAUAUUAAAAGACAAAAUGCUGAAAUGCAGUUAGCUAUUGCUAAGGAUGAGGCAGAAAAAAUUAAAAAGAAGAGAAGCACAGUCUUUGGAACUCUGCAUGUUGCACAUAGCUCCUCCCUGGAUGAGGUCGAUCACAAAAUUCUGGAAGCAAAAAAAGCUCUCUCUGAAUUGACAACUUGUUUACGAGAACGACUUUUUCGCUGGCAACAGAUUGAGAAGAUCUGUGGCUUUCAGAUAGCCCAUAACUCGGGACUGCCCAGCCUGACCUCUUCCCUUUAUUCUGAGCACAGCUGGGUAGUGAUGCCCAGAGUCUCCAUUCCGCCCUAUCCUAUUGCUGGAGGAGUUGAUGACUUAGAUGAAGAUACACCUCCAAUAGUGUCACAGUUUCCUGGGACCAUGGCGAAACCUGCUGGAUCUUUAGCCAGAAGCAGUAGUUUGUGCCGCUCUCGUCGCAGCAUCGUGCCAUCCUCAUCCUCACCGCAGACCCAGCGAUCUCAGCUUCCCCCACAUGCUCCCCACCCCUCCCACCCUCGGCUCCCUCACCACCCCCAGCAACCCCAGCACUCCUUGCCUUCCCCGGAUCCGGAUAUCCUCUCAGUGUCAAGUUGCCCUGCACUCUACCGAAACGAAGAGGAGGAGGAGGCCAUUUAUUUCACUGCUGAAAAGCAAUGGGAAGUGCUAGACACCACUUCAGAAUGUGACUCUUUAAACUCUUCCAUUGGAAGGAAGCAGUCUCCUCCUUCAAGCCUCGAGAUAUACCAAACAUUGUCUCCUCGAAAGAUAUCAAGAGAUGAGCUCUCUCUAGAGGAUUCCUCCAGAGGAGAUUCGCCCAUCACUACAGACCUCUCCCAGGGCUCUCCAGAUUGUGUAGGUCUGACAGAAACCAAGAGUAUGAUCUUCAGUCCUGCAAGCAAAGUGUACAAUGGCAUCUUGGAGAAAUCCUGUAGCAUGAACCAGCUUUCUAGUGGCAUCCCGGUGCCUAAACCUCGCCACACAUCGUGUUCUUCAGCUGGCAACGACAAUAAACCCAUUCAGGAAGCCCCGAGUGUUACCAGGAUAAGCAGCAUCCCACAUGACCUUUGUCAUAAUGGAGAGAAGAGCAAAAAGCCAUCAAAAAUCAAAAGCCUAUUUAAGAAGAAAUCUAAGUGACCUGGCUGACUUGGUGGAAUUCCAUCCAAGUGGCAUCUGUAAACUUAUUAUCUCACACCCUCCACUCCCAAUUUUUUUGUUUUAUUUUUAGGAGUGUAAUUCCAUUGGGGCUUUCCAGACUGGAUGCCAUAGUGGAAUGUCCUUAAGGGCAGCUGUCUGCUAUCUGCUUAAAUGACUAGGUAAUCAAUUCAUCAAGUCAGUUAUUACUGAAAAAUCAUUAAGAGAUGAGACAGUUUACAGUCCUUUCUGCCUAUUUAUUUCUGCUUUGUUGUUAGUGAUGUAUAUACAUUUUGUUGAAAGCCACUGUGGACUUACAAGCUUUAAUGGACUAGUAAGCCAGCAUGGGCUUGCAAAAAUUUCUUGUUUACCAAGCAUCUUCUUAUCUUUCCACAGAGCUAUUUACAACAUGGACUAAGUAACUUAAGAGAAGUAAAACUAAUUGCACUACUGUUUUCCAGACUGGAAAAAAUAAAUCUCUGCAAGUGAAACUGUGUAGAGUUUAUAAAAUGACUAUGGAUAGGGAACUGUUUUCACUUUUAGAUCAAAAUUGGAUUUUUAAGUAGAAACUAGGGUUUCUAAUUGACUUGAUUUCAGGAAAUGAAAACCCACGCUUUUAUUAUGGGAUGCUUCUUUAAAUGCAUUUAAUAUUAUGAAGUUUCAGGUCCUGCUGUAAAGAUCAUGUUGUUUUGUUUUCCCCAGGGCUUUCACUGUGAUUUACUGCAUUGCAGCCUGUAUGAUAAAAUACAAAUAAUUUAAAGAGAGAAGGCUCAUAAUUCCUUAUGCAAAUGAGAGAGUUGAAACUUGAUUGAAGGACUUAAAACAUUCACAAGCUUAAACUGAAAUGGGGUGUGGGGAUUCAGGCACUUGUUUACAGACUUCAAAUAACUGCAAGGACUUAUGGUUUGUGAAAGAUUUGUACUGUGGAAAAGAUAAUAAAUUGGAGACAUGAUUGUGUGGGAUUGUGUUGAUUUUUGUUGAUAACACCACUAAAAACACUAUGUUUUCUGGAGAACUGUAAGCUGUCUUGUUGCUUAAUUGCAAUAUAAGAAAUAGUGAUGUUUUGGAAGUAAGUUGUCAACAAAUUUCUAUUUUAUAUCAUUUGUCAUAUUUUUUAUGUAGCUUGAAAUGUUUAAAUGUUCUAAUAUCAAGAUUAACAAAUACAAAUUUAUGGUGCAUUUAGAUUGUGUUGUAUUAAUUUGUAAAGAUUGGUGUUUGCUAAAUUGAUAGGUUGCUUAUAAAGGUAGAUUUGUUAUGAGAAAUGUCACACAGAACAACAAAGUACCUUAACAUCUCCGGAGUUUCUGCUUACUCCGCUUUUCAAAAUUCCAUCGUAAGUGAUCUGUAGAAUGCAAUGUGGAUGCGUAUUUGGGUGAAAAACUGAUUCAUAUUAGCUAGAAUGGUUUUUUAGCAUUAUGGGUGAAAUACAUAAUCUAACCUAGUGCUAUUUAGGUAAAAAUGCUGAUUGAUAAACAAGUUUCUUUUGUGAUUUGUUCUAAAGAAAAGUUUUAAUUAUCAAGAAUGUGGAAGGGCUGGGGAUUUAGCUCAGUGCUUCCAAUGCCUGCCUUGCAAGGGCAAGGUCCUGAGUUCAAUCCCUGGUACCAAAAAAAAAAAAAA